CCCCCAGCUCCCCCAGCUCCACGCGCCGGGCCCACACGAAAAAGGCUCCACUCCAGCUACUUGCAAAACAACACGUCGACGUUGCUGUGGGCACUCCACUUUGAUCCAGCAUUGAACGGGAGCACCCGUUCCCACGAUACCACACCAUCACACCCACCAUCACAGUAAAAUCCUCCCAGCUUCAACAUUCGCGCCGCCUCCGAAUAACCCCUUCUGCCGCUGCGGCACAGCCGACUGCCGCGCGCCCCCCCUGGACCUCAGCUUGCAAGUCGACCAUCGGCGCUCCUGUAGAUGCCAUAGUCUACACUGUCCUUACUGCGCAGUAGCUGCCGCCCAAGCCCCAAUCGACUACUGUGCCUCGUCAUUGUCAUUGACCUCUCCUCCCGCAGCCCAUCGGUUUCCUCAGCCAUGGAGUCCACCUCCACCCGCGCCUCGGAGCUCAAGCAGCAGGGCGCCUUGGAGGCUGCACAAGACCCCCACUCAAACCUCUCACCUCGGGCCGCAGAAGACUUCGUUGUCAAUGAGGCAAGGAAGGGGGGCAGCGCCGCCCUUGAAUUCAACCCCGAUGCCACCAUAGAGGAGAAGCGAGCGGCUGCCCAGGCGCGUAUUCCAGACGGCCUCCGCCACGAGCGGAAACCCAAGGCUGCAGUGCUCGUUUCCGAUGCCGACAAAUCGGUCGGGCCCCAGUACGACCUCCCCUCACCCGACAAGGCCGGCGCCAUACAACAAGUCCCCACGCCAGAUUCGGCAAAGCCCAAUGGGAAGCCUCUCGAGCUGGACGAGGAAGCCCGAUGGGAAAGGGUUGGCUGGGCCCCGAGAUUCGGCUUGCCAGGCUCAGAUGAAGAGCAAGACGAGACAACACUGUUGGACCACCAAACGUGGCUCGAGGGCCGCCUGGAAGAAAAGUUCUAUGGCGACUGGUAUCAUAACACGGGCGUCAUCAUCUUUGCCUGCCUCAGCUCUUGGGUCGUUGCGGUACUGGGUGGUGGCCUGGGCUGGAUCUUCUGCAUCAUGGCCAUCUGCGGCACCUAUUACCGGACCUCCAUUCGCCGCCUUCGCCGCAAUGCUCGCGAUGAUCUGAACCGCGAAAUGGCCAAGAGCAAGCUGGAAUCCGACACCGAGACGUUGGAGUGGAUCAACAGCUUCCUUGUCAAGUUCUGGCCCAUCUAUGCUCCUGUUCUCUGCGAUACCAUCGUGGGAUCAGUUGACCAGGUUUUGUCUACCCAAACCCCGGCUUUCCUCGAGGGCCUGCGUAUGAAGACGUUUGUCCUGGGAACGAAACCACCCCGGCUGGAACACGUCAAGACGUACCCCAAGACGGAAGACGACAUCGUCCUGAUGGACUGGAAGUUCAGCUUCACCCCCAAUGAUACAGCCGAUCUUACAGCGCGCCAGAUCAAGAACAAGAUCAACCCCAAGGUCGUGCUCGAGAUUCGCGUCGGCAAAGGCAUCGUCAGCAAGGGCCUUGACGUCAUCGUCGAGGAUAUGGCCUUUUCCGGCUUGAUGAGGCUCAAGUUCAAGCUCCAGCUACCCUUUCCCCAUAUCGAGAGGGUCGAGGCGAGCUUCUUGGAGCGUCCUACGAUCGACUAUGUCUGCAAGCCCCUUGGUGGCGAGACGUUCGGUUUCGAUAUCAACUUCAUCCCCGGUCUGGAGGCCUUCAUCAUGGAGCAGAUACACGCAAAUCUCGGACCUAUGCUCUAUGCUCCCAACGUCUUCCCCAUCGAAAUCGCCAAGAUGCUUGCCGGGAACCCGGUCGAUCAGGCCAUUGGCGUGCUCCAGAUCACUUUCCACGGCGCCCAGGGCCUCAAGAACCCCGACAAGUUCUCCGGCACUCCAGAUCCCUAUGCUGUCGUCUCCAUCAAUAACCGCGCUCCAUUGGCUCGCACAAAAACCGCUCACGAGAAUGCAAAUCCCCGCUGGAAUGAGACUGUCAACGUCAUCGUCACCUCUUUGAAGGAUGCAUUGACCAUUGGCAUCUUUGACUACAACGACAUCCGCAAAGACAAGGAGCUUGGCACCGCAACAUUUGCUCUGGAGCAACUCGAAGAAGACCAGGAGCAUGAGAAUCUGCACCUGGAGGUCCUGUCGGGCGGCCGACCUCGCGGCAUCCUUCAGGCAGACGUACGCUUCUUCCCUGUACUGGAGGGUGCUGUGGUGGAUGGCGUCCAGGAACCCCCUCCCGAGUCCAGGACGGGGAUUGCCAAGUUUACGGUUGAACAGGCCAAGGAUCUGGAUGGAACCAAGAGUCUGGUUGGCCAGCUGAGCCCGUAUGCGGUCCUGCUUCUUAACGGACGCGAGGUUCAGAAGUCGAGGAUUAUGAAGCGCACGAAUAACCCCAUCUGGCCUGACGCCACCAAGGAACUCCUGAUCACGGAUCGCAAAAAGGCCAAACUGGGUGUGGUCCUCAAGGAUGACAGAGAUCUCGCUACCGAUCCCAUCAUCGGGACCUACCAGAUCGGACUCGAGGACAUGCUCGAGCUGAUGGCCAAGGGCCAGGAAUGGUACCAUCUUGCAGGUGUGCCAACUGGCCGUGUCAAAAUGAAGGUUCAAUGGAGACCUGUCGCUCUCAAAGGCGCCAUUGCUGGCUCUGGUGGUUAUCUCACCCCCAUUGGCGUCAUGAGAGUGCAUUUCAAGGGCGCUCGCGAUCUCCGCAACUUGGAGGCCAUGGGCAAGUCAGAUCCAUAUGCCCGGGUUCUCCUUUCCGGAAUCCAAAAGGGGCGGACUGUGACGUUCAAGAGCAACCUCAACCCCGACUGGGAUGAAGUCGUCUAUGUACCGAUGCACUCUACGCGCGAGAAACUGGUCCUCGAGGUUAUGGACGAGGAAACGCUCGGCAAGGACCGCCCGCUGGGUCAUAUUGAACUUGCCGCUUCCGAGUUCAUCAGGCAAGACGACAAUGGCGAAUACGAAACGUAUGAGGAGAAAACGCCGCGAUCCGAUCCCUUGCGACUGAGCGCGAGCAAGUCACCCAAGGGUACUCUUAGCUAUACCUGCUCCUUCUACCCCAUCUACCGUGUUUGGGAUCCCGACGACGAUGAAGAGGAGGAGAGCGAGGCCCAGAGCGUCACAAGAGCAAACUCAGUCAUGUCGGAUGGGCCUGUCACGAAUGGAACAAGGAAGGCGAAUGGGCACAAAAAGACUCUGUCAAGCGCCUCCCGUGCGACGGCCGCAACCGCUGGGACCAUCUCAUCGCUCAAGUCCGCUCAAUCCGGUCAAUCCACUGGGGGUGCUGCCAACCCAGAUCUGGCCAGAGAGCUGGACAAGAACGAGGGCAAGCAGGAGGAGACAGUCCAGGAAAGGAAAUCCGUUGAGAAGCUGCGGCUCACCCCCGACGAUCUUCAGCAUUACGAGUCUGGUCUCGUCGUCUUCAAGAUUCACGAAGGCGAGUUCGCCGAUACUGGAGCGUAUGUCGAUAUCAUCAUGGAUGAUAUGGCCUUCCCGUGCUAUACCACUUCCAAGAUCAAGAGUCGACACAUGGUUUUCAACGAAGUCGGUGAUGCCAUGGUUCGAGAACUGGAUUUCUCGAAGAUGACACUGCGUAUCGUUGAGCACGUAGACAAGAAGGGAGAAAAUGACGAAGAUCACAUCAUCGCCAAGCUCACAGGGAAUACUCUGGACACUCUGAGAAGGUGCUUGUACACGCCGACCCAACUCACUCUCAAGGACGAUCAUGGCCGCGACAAUAAGAUCACCGUGUCGCUCAAAUAUCUCCCCGUGAAGAUGCGCCUGGAUCCGAGCGAAUCAUUCAACAACCAGGGAACGCUCCGUGUCGACGUCCUGGAUGCAGCUGACCUCCCAGCUGCCGACCGGAACGGUUAUUCUGACCCAUACUGCAAGUUCAUAUUGAAUGAUAAGGAAGUACACAAGACGAAGGUACAGAAGAAGACGCUGCAUCCAGCGUGGAACGAGUUCUUCGAGGUGCAGGUGCGAAGCCGCACAGCUGCCCAUUUCGAAGUUCAUGUUUACGAUUGGGAUUUUGGAGACAAGGCAGACUUCCUUGGCAAGGCCGCGAUUGAUCUCAACCUACUGGAACCGUUCCAGGCCCAAGAGAUUACCCUUGGGCUUGAUGGAAAAUCUGGCGCCAUACGGCUUAAGAUGUUGUUCAAGCCAGACUACGUCAUGCGGUCUCGUCAAGGGUCCAGCACCUUCUCAGGGACCUUCGCUGUCCCAGGUAAGGUCAUUGGCGCUCCUGUCAAGGGCGUCGGCAAGGGUGCCGUGCUUGUUGGAGGAGGCGUCGUUCGAGCAGGUACAUUCCUCGGCCGUGGCUUCAAACGCAGAAAGUCUCGUGGAGAGAAGCCGGAAGAAGUCGAUGAGUCACGGCCAACGACUGCUGAGGAUCAACCCGUCAUCUCCGUCGAAGGGGCCGAUGGCGGAAGUCCCGUUGCUAGCGCCAGUGGUACCUCUCAUCACCGAGCUAAGAGCUGGGGUGCACAGAGUUUCGCCAGUGCCUUUGGCGCUGGUGGUGGGGUAAUUGGUGAUGCCGGCUACGCGAACCUGACGGUUGUGGCUGCGAACGGGUUCCCGCCUGGAACGAAUGUGCGUGUUCAUGUGCGUAUGGAUUCACCCAAGGGUCCUAAGGAAGUGCACAAGACGAAGCACAUCAAGACGUCCUCCGGUUCCGUCGUCUUCGAGAACGAGAACGUCAAGGUGCCGUGUACGGCCGAUUCAUCCUUCCGCGUCAUCGUCAAGGAUCACUCUACGUUCGGCCAUGACGAGGAGCUCGGCGAAGCGCAAUUCUUCAUUGAUGACCAGGGUGCUGGUGGUGAGAAGAGUAUAUCGGUCGGACCUGGGAUUGUGGUCGUGAGGAGUAGCUUUGAGCCUAGGGACAGUAGGCCAGGGAGUAUCGUUGGCAAGGAGCCGAAGAGCCCGACGAGCAGGAAGGGUUUGCUCAGUCGAGGGAGGGAUAGGGAUAGUCGCAGCGUGACGCCUGCCUAAAACGGAGUUGGCAACGGAAACGACAGAACGGCUGGUAUGAAUAAUUGGGGCGCGGCGGCGGCGGACUUCGGUGGAGCCAAAACGGUUUUGGAUGCGAACGUUGGAGGUUAUAGCAGGGAGAUUGCGAUGUUCAGAUGUUCGGAGGGUUCCAGUGCGGUUGCGGUUCUUGUUCUUCACUUUGGCUCGGCUUGGUGGGUGGUGGCAUCUUAUUCUUUCAUUUUCUUGUUUUCUUCUGUCUAUACCUCUUUCGUUUCCGAUAUGAGGACUUGGCUCAUGUCUUCUUACCUUGUUAAUGUCCACGAGCAUAGGGGAAAGGGUAUAAAGCUCAUCAAAGCAUGGGCUCACAGCGGGCAUUUUGUGUUGGUAUCAAUUGAUCUAUGGGUGCCGCCAGCCGAAUCCGUUUCCAUAUCAAAUCCGUAC